AUUGUAGCUUUGAAGAUGUAAAUCUUGGGUGCUGGCUGCCUGACAGCCACUGUCCAAGUGGAAAGAGUGUUGACUAAAGGCUGGAAUUUUUCACUGUGAGAUUAAUCCAGCCUUAUGCCUUCCCAUCUCCCAGCUGCAGAGACUGUUCACUGCUGUCUCCUCAGCUGCUGACACAUGUGCUUUCCCUGGCCCUAUGGCUACAGGGUGGGGUUUGUUUUCAGCUUACAAAGAAUCCCUCGUCAUCUGGGUGUGGGGAGGGUUUUUCAUAAUGUCCUGGGAAAACCACCUCUGCUGCUCCUGGUGGCAUCACUAAAUGCUUGCCCUUGCCUAAAACAGCGGAAUAUCUUCCCACGAGCAAGGGAGAGUAGCAGAUUGCCUGCUUCAGGUAAAAUUUGGGGUACAGUAACUGAAAACUGUGAUAAAAAUCCUGAUGCUGAACAAAGAGAUGGAGAAAUUAGUUCUUACGUUGAGGGGGUUUUGUUUGCAGUGACAGUGGCAAUUUCUCAAAAUUUUAGGUGGGCUACAUAAUUGUUGGUUGCUUGUGUUCUCAGAGAUGGAGCAAUUCCCUGGGAGUCCCGUUUUUGCUGGGGACCUCAGUAAUUGCUGCCAUCAGCACAGACCUGUUCCUGUUAUCACACUCUGUGCUGACAAGCUGCUGGAUGCCAUCAGUGUUUUCAGCACCCUCUUGGCCAGCUCUUCUGUGAACAGUGUUUAGUGACACACUUAAAAUGAUGUCCCCUCCACCCCGCUUGCAGGACUGUCCAUGAAUGGGAAUGUGCCAAUAAUACCUCAACAACUGGGUAGUGUUGGCAAAACCUUCCAUGAACCAGGCUGUGGGCUUGGUUGUCCCAAAGCUUUGGGUGGGAUUCUGCUGUAGGGGAGCAGUUCCUGUUCCUGGAGCUGUCAAAAAGUCCUGGGCAAAGUGAUUCCUGGUGGGCUGGGAGGAGGUCCCUGGCUUGAGAGUUGUGAGGAGUCCCACAGAGUCACAGUGCUGUUCUACCGUGCUGAACUGACACACUCACCUUUCUGAGUGUCAGUUAUUGCACUUACUGUUAUGCUCAAGGUGCAUCUCACUGCCUGUGUGUGGAGAAAUUGAGAUGUUGUCUCCUGUGACGUGAGCGAAUGCUUGGGAAUGGCUGGAUUUGGGGCUUCAGCAAUCAACAUAACCUAAAAUAGCCCACUGGAGCUGCUGAGCUCUGACAUCAGUAAGAGAUUUGGUUUGCCAUGGUUUCCAGGCAUUUCUGGCCAUAUGGAUUUUGACUGGCUGUGACUUUGAGGAGGUGUGUUGAGAUUCCCUGGACUUCUGCAGUGGCAGGGAAGCAAGUUAAAAGCAUCCACAUAUGCCAUCCUCCAAGUUAUGUGGUAGUUCAUGAAAUAAAGUGAUGGUGAAGGGAGAAGGUAUUUCAUGCAGUGCAUCAUUAGCUGGUGGAACUUAUUUCUGCAGGAGAUUCUAGAAACUGCUAGCUUAGAGAAAAACUAAAAACAUCUCCCUAAUUAUGCCAAACUUGGAUGAUUAAUGCUAGUACCCUCAGUGCUCUUAGGAUUGACUGCAGUGGUGGGUGAUGGAGGAUUUGCCAUCAUUCCUUAUGUGUCUCCUCCCCAAGCAUCCCUUCCUCCCUGCAGUUAGCUGCUUUGCAGAGCAGCCAGAUAACAUCCCGUGUGGAGGAAGGAUAGGGGAGCAGCCUGUGACCUGGUGGCAAUGCCUAAUUCCUGUCUGCUUCAUAUUUGUGCCCUUAUUCCAUGUCUGUGCUGGAUAACCCUGAGCAAACCUUGCAGAAAGGGCAGUGUUAAAUGGAGGGGGACACAGGGACUGGUCACUGCUGUGGGAUAGGAAUUCUGUGGCACCCAGUUCCCUUCCCCUCUCUGCCUGUUACCCAUGGUCUGGCAUGUCCCAUGCCUCUCUCCUAGAGACACUCAGGGCUGCAGGGCCCAAACCAGCCCAGACACAAAGCUGUAGGGUGCAGUUGGCAGGACAGACACUGCAGUCUCAGAGCAGCAGAAUCGAUAUUUUGGGACUGCCACAGUGAGUGUUUAAAAGCAAGGAGGGAUAGGGCCUGCCUGCAAUAAAUGCCAUUCCUGAGAAAUACUUACUUGAAUGCAAAUCUCUACAUAUCUUCAGUUGUGUUUUCCCUCUCCUGUUGUGCUCUGACAUGCUAGCUGAUGGUGUUAGAGCUGAUCUGGGCACUGUGUGGUUGUGCUGCUUCACUGACCACCUGUGUGUGGGGUCGAGUCUAGCGAUUUCUCGUGCUGCUCCUGAGCUUUAUUUGCCACAUCUGGGUGAGAUGCUGCAGCCCAGGUUCCCUGCAUCAGGAUGAUGCUUCAGUGCAUCAGCAGAAAGGAUUGCUACUCUUGUUGUGUCAGCCCCUUUUCAGCACAGCUUGUCGCACUGUCUGAGGAGCUUUUAGCUGAUACAUGGUAGCUAAGCUGUGGUCCCUGUAGUUCUGAAGUGAUCCUAGUAUUUUCUGGAGCCCUGGGAGUGGUAGGUGCUGAGCUGCUGGGCAGGCUCUGUGAUGUGCUGUGUGCUCCAGUCUCUCCAGUCCUGCGUUCUCCUACCUGCCACUUGCUGCAGGAAAGUCCACGUGACCUGUUCCAAUGCCAGGGGCUGAUGGAAGUGCCUGCUCUCUCUAGAAAUCCUCUGUGGCACACAUGAUUCAGAGCUGAGCCCCUUGCUUCUGGCCCUCUGAAGAGAACUGGCUGCUCUGUGCAGAUGUGUAGGCAGGGUAUUUGCAGGGCUUCCUUGCCUUCUGUAGAGGCAGCAGCAGCAGUGUGGGUUCUCCGUGUUCCCUAUUGCCAUGUUCCAGUUACUCUGUGAACAGAAAUGUUUGAACCCCUCCAUCCUGGCAUCCCCACUGCUGCAGCCAGGGACCUGCUCCCUCCCCCUGUGCCUGCCAUGGCUCCGGCUGGGGUCAGAGCCCUCUGGAGCUGUGACUGAGGAGGUCCUCAAAGGAGGAGGAGGAGUGUGUAGCAAACAGGCUGCUGGCUAAUGCAGCAAGUCCUGGCUCUCACAACUUGGUGGCUCCUUAGCACUCUGGGACCCCAUUUCUGCAUUCUCUGCACAAAACCAGCAGGGAGAAAUGGUGUGGCCUUAAAACCCAGUUAGGGUUCUGUUGCCUGGAGCUUUCUACUCCUACAAAACCUGCCAUGAGAUCAGAAUUCCAGUGGCCCUUCUCCCAUGGCCUCUGCUUAGCAUCCUGUGCUGCAGGGUGCCUGUGUCUAGGGGUCUGGCUGGGGAAGGGCUGUGUGUGGCCACAGGGAUCAAGCUCCAAGCCUGCCUGGGUGGGCUCUCAGCUCCUCUGGCAGCCCUGGCUGUGCUAGAGGAACCAGACAGGAUCUGGCAACAAGAGGAAUCACGGGUGACUUUCUUGUGCCCACCUGGCAGGACAGUCCAGGUGCUGAUGGGGACUCCUGGUGCAGGGUCCUGAGCUGAGUAUACACCAGGAGUGUGUCUGAUCAGAGAUCCCAGGGCUCUGUGACCUUGGGCUCCCAUUAUCUUUGCAGCUUCACCUCUUCGGUGUGAAAAGCAUCAGCCCCUCAUUAGUGAGGGUUUUUGAGCACAUCCUGGGUCCCAGCACAGAGCAGAGGAGCACUGAACUGCUGGGCCAUCCCUUCAGCCCAGCCCCUCCGUGGAAGAAGUGUGUGCCAGCACUAAAUGGGCAGUGAGCUGGCAAGGCACUCUGUCCCUGGGGAUCAGCCCAGCACCCCCACUCCACCCAUCAGAGAUGCAGUUCUGCUCCUCUGGCACCGGGCUGAUGGCUUCUCUCUUCCCAGUCAGUGACUUCUUGUGGUGGAAUGAUUUGGCUUGGGGGUCUUGGUGGUUGUUAAUGAGUUAACCCCUGGGGCAGGGAGAGGCAGGGAGUGCUCCUUUUGGCUGCUGCCCUGUGCUGGCUGGGUUGGAGACCUGUCUGAGGCCCCAGGACAGAAGGACACUUGCUGGAUGUCUGGCUGGAGCAGGGUGGAGCUGCUUACCAUGGCUUCAACUCGCCUAAAAACCCCUGACAAUCGCUUUGGGGAGGGUGGAAAGAAAUCAGUGUCUCCUCUAACACACACAGCAGCCCCAGUGUCAGCUGCUGCAGCUGGGUUUGGGAGUGCCUGCGGCUGUCGUCCCCUGCAGCAUCUGCUGUGUCCCUGCUGACUCUGCAGCAGGCUGUGCUGAAAGGAGGGAUGGUCAGAUCUGUCAGGAGCCAGCAGUGUGAGGUACUCUAUUUUUAACCCCCAACAUUCUUGGGGCAUGUCUUCUGUUGCUUCGUGCCUCUAAAUUUGUGACCUUCUACAAGUGGCUUGUUUUUUUUGAAAAAAAAGCAACCUGCCUUGCCUUCCCAGUGUAAUAGUUCUCAGUGUAUCAGUGCUUAUUAUGAUUUCUGUCCCCAGGAAUUCCAAAUUGGAGAAUUUCCAUGAUGCUUGAACUUCUGGUACAGUGAAAAAGCCAAAGUCCCUCAUGUGAAGAGUUCACAACCCUCAGCCCUUCUUUCUCUGGUUAAAUGUUUCCUCCAAUGUACAGGGACUGGGUCUGUGGUUAGAACUGGCUGCUGGGGCUUAUGCAGCCCUGAGUGCCCCUGUGCCUGCCCCAGGCAUCCCUGGACACCCAGUGUGGUGGCUCUGAGGUGCCCAGGGCUGCAUCUCAGUCACAGCUGAUCAGAGAACACAAAUGGUUGUACAGAACAUUUUUCUGCUGCGUUUCUGGAUGAGAACUCUACUGUUAGUCUACAAACACACAGCUGAUGUUCAGGAGGAGCCUUUGCUUCUGCAUUUGCUGCUGACUGCAACAUGUGAGAGACGCUCCCUUGAGUUUGAGGUCCUUUUUCCGCAGAUAUGUCCAGUUCCUUCAUUUCAGGGAUACGCAGGAAUAUGCUGUACUUGGCAGUGGUCAGACAAGAGCAGGGCUGUCCCUUUUUCUCUAACACCAAAUACUAGAUGGAUACAUGGGUGAUAAAAUACUGUCCUGCCAGCAGAGUCUUUGGGGUGUACCGGAGUGCUGUGGCCAGGGUGUGCUGGACCUGAACAGGAGCGAUGGGUAACAAAUCUCUCACAACUGUGUGUGCUCACUGUACCAGCACUUGAAAGUGUCUCCCAGCUGGGCAGCAAAGACCUAUUGGCACAGGUCUGUUAAUGCUGUGACAGCCUCUCUGGCUGCUCAGGGAGGGCUUUGAGGAGGGCUUAAGACUAAGAACUGAUUUCUUUGUGUAACAAAAUGCUGAUAUGCAGUCUGUGCCAAUGGGGAGCUGCAGUGUGGGGCUGGAUGGAGGCUGCUCCCAGAGGAGCCUCUGUGGGAACAGUGCUACUCAGGAAAAGCAUCUCCCCUCUUUGUGCGUAUCCAGCAAGUGAAUUGGUGCUGUUCAGGGGGAAAUAGCCACUUCCCAUGGUUCAGGAAAAGUGACUGGGUGUCAUUCUGAGUGAGGGCAGCUCAUCUAUAGUGCUGGUGGGAAUAGGUGCAGUGGUUGGAGUGACCCUCCUGCCUUGGAGUGCCAGAAUGUGACCCCAGCCUGCUGCCCCUCACCUCUCCUUGGUCCCUGCUGCAGACCCUCCUGCCCUUUGCUGUGCUCCCUGACAGUGCUGGCAUGCUCCUGCUUCUGCCUAGAGCCCCUCUGUGUGUGUCCUGUGUCACAGAGCCCAGGGCCUGAGUGUCUGUCCUGUAUGGUGGGAGAAGUGACAAGCCUGCAGUGGUCCCCUUGUCCCAGCUGCCAUUUCAGCUGUGCCCAAGCACUGCUGCUCUGCCUGAACCAUACUGGGGCGGAAAGCUGAGGAUGGAGAAUUUGAAAUUCUCCUCUGACCUCCUUCAGAAGUACUCAGGGUGAUUUGGGUGUCUGGGCUGGGUUUAUGCUGGGCUGUCACAACAGGUGAGAGGACUCUUCCUGGUGCUGCUGCCUGGGAGGAGCUCCUGGGGAAUUCUGUGUCCUCUGACUCACAAGCACAGCCUGGCUUGUUUAGGGGCUCUGUGACAAGCAGAAUCACCUGGUGAAGCACUCAUUAUGUUCCUUGGGAUUAUCUGAGAGUUUCAGGGCUCUUCUGGGCUGGGCACUCUGCAGGGCUCCCUGGGUACUACCAUGGAGGUGGCAAACGGUUUGGACUGUGCCCUGGGGAGCUGCUUGUGCCAGGAUGCUGCUGCUGUUGGGGUCGCCCUGCAGCUGGGAGUGAGGACUGGCAGGAGAGCCCACAGCCCUUUCCUGGCGCCCUUCCCUGCCUCCCACAGCCCUGCCAUGCGUGUCUCUUACCUCUGUGUAGUGUCAAGGUGAGAUUUUUAGUUUUUCAAACAUCACUGUUACUGAGAUUUACAAAGGGAAAAUACUGAGAUUGGAGAUAUUUAUAGCAUUUCCAUGAACUACCUCUCUGAACAAAUGCAGUCACUUGACUUCACUUUCUGGAAGUUGUUUUGUUUAAUUACUAUAAAACUUCUUUUAAAUCUACAGCACUCUAAAGACAGUCAUUCUGUUAGAGCAAGAGGUGGCAUCUUCACAGGCAUUUCCCAUCGUGUCUAGAUGGAAAUAUAUGGGAACCAUAUGACUUUUCACAUGUGCACAUAGUGAUAGGACAAGCAGGAAUUGUUUUAAAGAGGUGAGAUUUCGAUUAGCUAUUAGGAAAAAAAUCAUCCCUAUGAGGGUGAGGAGGCUUUGACGCAGGUUGCCUAGAGAAGCUGUGGCUGCCCCAUCCCUGGUAGUGUCCAAGGGCAGGUUGGAUGGGGCUUGGAGCAGCCUGGUCUGGUAGAAGGUGUCCCUGCCCAUGGCAGGGGUAGGAAAAAGAUGAGCUUUUAGGUCCCUCCAACCCAAGCCUCUAUGAUUUCUGACUUGUAUGAUUUUCCUGUUGACCAACAAAAUUUCGAUAGGUUUCUCAGCAAUGCCUCUUAACUGGUGCAAGUAUCUUGACCUUCAGUGUGCAGAAGGAGAAAAAUGAAGUUGGAAGUGAUUAUUGUGAACCAUAAAAUCGAUGUGUCCAUAUUGUCUUUGGUAUGAAUUGUCACUGAGGCUCAUUUUCUCUUGGACUCUCUACAAAUAAAACGUCCUGCAUUUCAUUACAGCUCCAACCUUGGAGUGUUCCUCAAGCUGAUGAAAAUCAGAGGUCAGGUUGCUUGGAAUGCAGCUGUUACAGUUCCCUUUGCUAUUGGAAGCUGCGUCCCAAAGCAGCUCCUUCUGGUCCUGUGGCAAAGGCCAGCCCAAAGCCCUGCAGCUGGAAUCUCCAAGGGGAUAAUGCCAGUGAUGCCAUUUGCUGCAAGAUUAUUCUGUGGUUGUUUUAUUUAAAAGGCAAAUGAGCUUGCCUUGUAGGAGAGAUUAUUUCAGAACAUUCCGCUUUUAUGUGUGAGGAAAUGAGGUUGUUCCUCCAGUCCUCCCUGUGGGGAAAGGGGGAUGCAUGGAGCAGGACUGGGAUAUCAGCCAACCCUGAUGUUUGAGGGCAAGGGGACUUGCCUCCACAGCUGACUGUGGCUGAGGGCCUUUGAGGUGAUUUAACAAAAAUAAGGAUGGUUUGAGUAGGUCUCUGAGGUUCCUGGAAUGAUUGGAAAUGUCACCAGGCUAUAUUGAAUCAGCAAUAGCAAUGGACCACUGGCUCUUGAGGCCAGACACACUUGAGGGCAAUUCUCAGACUUGAGAAUUGUCCUCAAUUCUGACCCCAAAUACCUUGGCUGUGAUCCUCAGGUACUGAGCAAGUACCAGCCUGGUGGGGUGGGAACAGGGGCUGGAUUUCAUAUUCUCUUGUUGCUCUACUUUUAGUAGAGUGCUUCCAAAAAGCAAACACCUUUGGAAGGAGAGGGAGAGGAUCUCAGCAUGCCCAGCUAGUUUUAGAGGGCCCAGAGGGCUCUCUGGUAUAAGGUUCUGUGGCCAGCUCCUCUAUUCAGGGCUGCAUCCUUGGGGAUUGCCCAGGCCCCUGAGGGCAGGUGCAAGGUGCUAAUUUGGAAACAUGCUGCUUUCUAAAAAUAAUUACAGAAGAAAGACUAUAAACAAACAUCCUCCCUCCCAAAAUCAAUCAUCCACAGCAUACUGUGAGUUCCAACUGCUUGCUGAAAUAAGCUUUGGAAGAACCUGUGAGCAGGAAGAGGCUAGUGCUGCAAAACUGGAAACUUAAGCACGAGUUCUAUGUUCUCCUGUUGUUCCACACCUUUUUUUAUUCUGCAAACUGAGCUGAUGGUCCUGCAGAGUGAGGUCCUGCUCCAGUGCCCGCAGGAAUUGUAGUUUCCCGUUGCAGCACAAGCUGAUCUUAAGAUGUAAAAGGCUGUACCUCAACAAGUCCAGAGUAGAUCCAUGCCUGCUGAGCUGUAGCCCUUUGGAGGGGUAAGUCAGCGACUGGAAUGCUCCCGACUGGUGGGAUUGGCCUCAGAGCCAGGAGGGAAUGCUGCCUGCUUCUCGUAUGGAAACACUGGGAUGUUCUUGUCUUCCUCAAGAUUUGUCUCCUCCUACAGAUGCAGGAAGCACUGAACCUUAGUUCAGCGUUGUGCUGAGGGCCAAGGACAGACUGUUCUGGGUGGGCUUGCUCUGACUUCAGCUUUUGAAGCCCAUUCUAAGAAGGUUCAUCAUGCCUAGUGGCAUAUAAAAAGACUCCACCUCCCGUCCCACCUCGGACCACAUCCAAGCCGUUCAUCUCUGUCACUGUGCAGAGCAGCACUGAGUCAGCGCAGGACACCUACCUGGACAGCCAGGACCACAAGAGUGAGGUCACCAGCCAGUCAGGGCUCAGCAAUUCCUCAGACAGCUUGGACAGCACCAGGACACCCAGCGUGACCAGGGGCAGCGUCGUGACUCCGGCCAGAGACACUCCAGAGUUACCUCAGAAAAAUGCAACUUUGAAAAGUGACAAAGGGACUCUAACUAACGAAGAGCCUAAAGUGGAGAAUAUCCCCAAAAGAAAGCUAUCAUCAAUAGGAAUACAAGUUGACUGCCUUCAGCCAGUGGCAAAAGAGGAGCCUCCUCCACCAGUCACCAAAUUCCAGUCCAUCGGGGUACAGGUAGAGGACGAGUGGCGAAACAGCCACUCUCGCAGCAUGUCCUCCAAACAGGACACAGACUCUGACACGCAGGAGCCCAAUAACUCCAGCUGUAAAUCAUCUGAGAGAAGCCUCGCUGAGUGCCCCCAGCACAACAACUCUGUUGGUGUUGAUGCCUCCACCAGGCAACCAGCCAAGCCCUCACAGAUUAAGAGAAACCUCUCCUAUGGAGAAAACAACGACCCGGCCCUGGAGCCUUCCUCUCUCCCACCUCCUGACCCCUGGCUUGAGAGCUCCUCCACGUCGCUGUCGGAGCCAGCGCAGCCAGGGCCCUGCCGCCGGGACGGAUUCUGGUUCCUGAAGCUGCUGCAGGCAGAGACCGAGCGCCUGGAGGGCUGGUGCCGCCAGAUGGACCAGGAGACCAAAGAGAACAAUCUCUCUGAGGAAGUCUUAGGAAAAGUCCUGAGUGCAGUGGGCAGUGCACAGUUACUAAUGUCACAGAAGUUCCAGCAAUUCCACGGCCUCUGUGAACAAAACUUGAACCCUAAUGCCAAUCCCAGACCCACAGCCCAGGACUUGGCUGGAUUUUGGGAUCUCCUCCAGCUGUCCAUUGAAGACAUCAGCAUGAAGUUUGACGAGCUGUACCAUCUCAAAGCUAAUAGCUGGCAAUUGGCAGAGACACCGGAGAAAAAGGAAGAGAAGAAACCACCCCCUCCAGUGCCAAAGAAGCCGGCCAAGUCCAAAUCGCAGCUGAGCCGGGACAAAGGCUCUGACUCAGACAAGCAGCGGCAGGAGGCGCGGAAGCGGCUGAUGGCGGCCAAGCGCGCAGCGUCCGUGAGGCAGAACUCGGCCACCGAGAGCGCUGACAGCAUCGAGAUCUAUGUUCCCGAGGCCCAGACCCGCCUCUGAGCCUGGCCACGGCCAGCCCGCAGCUUUUAUAAGUCAUUAAAUGGAAAAAAAAAAGGUUCUCUGGAAACUAGUGUGAUUUAUUCAGUCUAGAGACAAUGAGCCAUCCUUGAAAAGGGCUCCUGAGUUGGCUUUUUUCUCUCUCAGCUUUAAGUAAUGAAGAUUUUAGCAAAAAAAAAAAAAAACAAACAAAAAAAUUAAAAAAAAAAAUCAAAAAUGCCCCUUGUUUUCUCCCCAGCUGUGGUAUUGCUGAAUGGACUGGACAGACUCCUGGGAACUCCAGCCCCUCGACUUGGAACUUCAGUCUUUUUACUUGUUCUAUUUCAUGAGAAUUAUUAGCUUGUUUACAAGAAGAGGACAAGAAAACACGAAGCCUUGAGCACUUGCCAUGCUGUGUUCUUCCUCCUCCUGAGAUCUGUUCUGCCCUUCUCAUCCUUUAUUUUUCCCUCCUCCUGCUCCUGUUCCUCCACCCUUUGCAUGGUUUCGGUUCCUGUGUCCAGAUCCCACUGUCCCCGCAGACAGCACCCAUGGUGUGUCAUUCCUGCUGCCCAUCUCCUGCAGCCAGCAGCCUCCUGACCUUGGUGUUCUUGGGAUGGGGAUGUCGGGGUGUGGCAGGACAGGCACAGGGGGCCGUAUCCUCACUUUGUUGGAAGGAGAGGAUGCUGGGGCUGUGGAAUGUGGGGUUGAAAUGCAUCCCAGAAGCAGAAUGUGCAAUAAAUCUGGAGCGGGGGAUCCCGAGAGCUGGGAUCUCCAGGCACAGGAGCAGAGCUGAAGGACCACAGAGCACGAGGCACAUCACUUUGAUUUCCCUCCUGUUCCCGUUCCCACACAGUUUUCCUUGGCUGGCCAGUGGAGACAGGAGCUACAGCAGCGGGGCUGUGGGGUUGGUGUGCCCAGGAGGAGGGGGUGUACAUAUGCACAUAUACACUUAGUAGUACCUGUAUAGUAAUUCCUACACACGGAUCCUGCCCACGCUGCCACGGGGGUGGGCAGAUGUAUAGCAUAUAUUUUUACAUGUACUAUAUCUUGAUGUGUGUCCAAGUGUGUGUAAAAAUAUAUACCCUGUGUGUAAGCAGAUGACUAUUUUUUCCUUAUCUCCCUGCUCUCUGGGUAGAGGAAGGAUUGCUAAAUAUUUUUUAGCCCAUUUUUUUUCCCCUUUGUAGGUCUCCUUUCUGGUCUGGCUCCUCAGAGCCAGAGCUGCCACCCCCUUAUUCUUUGCCCCCCUCUCACACUGAAGGUUUUUGUCCCAUCCUGAGGGAUCUUGCUGGGGAUUUUUUAAAUUUUUUUUUCCUCUUCACGUUUGAACAAGUUGGGAGAUUGUGUGCUACUGUCAUGGGGGUGGAGGGGGAAUCCCAGUGGUUUCAGUGAGAGUUGGUGAUCCAGAAGGCAAAAAAUAAAUAAAAGUGAAAUCCUG